AUGACAGGUAUGGUGGUUGGCUUCCUACUGACACUGAGCAGUUAUGUGUUUCUAGUCAAUCUUCUAGUUUUCUUUGUUUCUUCUUCGAAAGCAACGAAAUUCAAGUCUGAGGCAAAGAAAAAACUAGAGGAAAACUUCAAAGAGGGGGGCGAACGUAACUGGGUUCAAGUCCUCUGUAAUGGUGGCGUUGCUUCAAUAAUGGCCUUUCUCAUCAUGGAUUGUGGGGUUUUUGUGGAAGAAAAUCCCAUUGACAUGGUGUACAACCUACCACUUGUUGUUUUUCCUUGGCUAAGCAUUGCUGUCCUAGGUGCACUGGCUUGUUGCAAUGGUGAUACUUGGGCCUCAGAAUUUGGUACUGUACUUAGUACAGGAGAUCCAAUUCUUAUUACCUCCUUGCAGCCAGUCCCUCGAGGUACUAAUGGUGGAGUGACAGUGAUAGGUCUGUUGGUCAGUUUCAUUGGUGGCCUUUUGAUUGGUAUUGGACAUUACUUAACACUCUUGAUGUUUGUAUCCACUCCUGUCCUGAUUAGCGCACCUCCACAGUGGCCAAUAGUCUUUGUUGGUGCACUUGGUGGAUUGUUAGGAAGCUUGAUCGAUUCCGUGAUUGGUGCUACUAUGCAGUAUUCAGGCAUGGACUCAGAAGGCAGAAUUGGGGUUCCCCGUGGAGCGGCCUGGGGAUGGAAUCAUACCUAUCUGUGGUUCAUAUAUUCUGGAUAA